AAAACGGUUAACUUUAGCAGUGGAUUCGAUCAGUCGGCGAUUCGACGGCGAGUAAGAUGAUUAAGGUACUGACGGUGUUGUUGAUCGUCCAGUUGGGCGGCGAGAUCCUUUGCUACCCGGGAGGCCAUCAUGGAGGCGACGGUGGCGGUGGACACGGACACGGACACGCUCAUUCCUACCAACACUUCCACGGACCAGUGGUUGGGCACGGGCAAGAGGUCUCGUGGAAAGAUAAACAUGGACACCAUCACACCGACUACGUAGCUCAUCCGAAGUACGAGUUCGACUACGGAGUGUCCGACCAUCACACACAUGACAAGAAGCAUCAUAAAGAGCACAGAGACGGGAAAAAAGUCACCGGCGAGUACAGCGUCCACGAGCCGGGCGGCAACGUGAGGACUGUCCACUAUCACGCUGACCAUCACGGAGGCUUCCACGCCGUCGUCCAUAACAGCGGUGGCAAUGAUCACUCCGGGGGUGGACACCACGGUGGUCAUGAGCACGGACACUGAGGAGGAGUCGGAGGUGGCGAACUCGGACACGGAUACUAAUAUAAGUCACCCUGCGGACCACGUACGUGGAGAAAUGGCUAUCUGACGGAGAAGAUGAGUUCCGUGUCACCGCCGUGUCUUUGCCGAGGAUUUUCUUACCAAAGUGGGUAUGUGACUGGGGAAUAGCUACGGGACGUCACGGUGAGGCCCGCGGGCCUUUGGCAACCUCCUGGAUCUCGGACGUACAUCAUGCUGCUUGCAGACGCUGUACUUAGCUCAUUUAUCGCACCUAAUCUUUUCUUUCUUUCUCUCUCCCUCUCUCUCCAUGAAUUCCGGUUCGACUGGAUCAGACUCUAUUGAUCUACCGUGUCUAUUGGUUUAAUCCACCUCACUGAUAAUAUACCGCUGUCUAGAUGUGUAAUCAACCGUUAGUUUUAUUCCGUUUGUCUCAUUUAUGUUUUCCUCUCUAUGGACAAUAAUAAAUCUAGUAUCAUUACGACGAA